UUGCAGCAGAUUAACGCCAAACACCUCACUUCCUCUCCUCUCGCUGUCUUUCUGCUCUCUCGGCUCUCGCAGCCCAUUAAAGCCCUCCCAACCCCUCCCUGCUCUUCUAAUCUCUUAUACUUCCCUUUCUCCUCCACCACUCCCUGCUCUGCAACAAUGGGCGCUUCGCUUCCUCCUAAGGAGGCCAACCUCUUCAAAGUCAUCGUUAAAUCAUAUGAGACAAAACAAUAUAAGAAAGGGUUAAAAGCUGCUGAAGCUAUACUUAAGAAAUUUCCUGAUCAUGGAGAAACUUUGGCAAUGAAAGGAUUGACAUUAAAUUGUAUGGGUCGCAAGUCAGAAGCAUAUGAUCUUGUUCGGCUUGGAUUGAAGAAUGACCUUAAGAGCCAUGUUUGCUGGCAUGUUUAUGGUCUCCUAUACAGGUCAGAUAGAGAAUACAGGGAAGCUAUAAAGUGCUAUAGAAAUGCACUUAGAAUUGAUCCUGACAACAUAGAGAUAUUGCGUGACUUAUCUCUUUUACAGGCACAAAUGCGUGACUUGAUAGGCUUUGUGGAAACAAGACUACAACUGCUGACAUUGAAGCCAAAUCACCGUAUGAAUUGGAUUGGCUUUGCUGUUGCUCAUCAUUUGAACUCAAAUGGAUCAAAAGCUGUUGAUAUCCUUGAGGCAUAUGAAGGGACUCUAGAGGAUGAUUACCCUCCAGAAAAUGAACGUUGUGAGCAUGGGGAAAUGCUUUUAUAUAAGAUCUCUUUGUUAGAGGAAUGUGGAUCUCUUGAGAGGGCUCUUGAAGAAUUACGCAAGAAAGAAUAUAAAAUUGUUGAUAAACUAGGAUAUAAGGAACAAGAGGUUUGCCUUCUUCUGAAGCUUCGCCACUUUGAAGAAGGUGAAAGAUUGUAUAAGGUGUUGCUCUCUAUGAACCCUGACAAUUACAGAUACUAUGAGGGGUUACAAAGAUGCCUUGGACUUUACUCAGAAGAUGGCAAGUAUUCUUCUGAUGAAAUUGAUCGUUUAGCAGCUACAUAUGAAUCUCUUGCUCAGCAAUAUCCUAUAUCAUCUGCAGUAAAGAGAAUUCCUCUUGAUUUUCUGUGUGGUGAAAAAUUUCGGGAAGCAGCAGAUAACUAUAUGAGACCUCUCCUGACUAAAGGAGUUCCUUCAUUGUUUUCUGAUCUAUCUUCUCUUUAUGAUCUCCCUGAAAAGGCAGAUAUUCUGGAGCAGUUGGUUCUGAAGUUGGAGCAGUCAAUUAGGACAAUUGGUGGAUAUCCUGGGAGUGUGGAUAAAGAACCUCCUUCAACACUUAUGUGGACUUUAUUUUAUCUGGCUCAGCAUUAUGAUAGACGUGGUCAAUAUGAUCUCGCUUUGUUAAAAAUUGAUGAGGCCAUUGAACACACUCCAACUGUAAUUGAUUUAUAUUUAGUCAAGAGCCGAAUAUUAAAGCAUGCUGGUGACUUGGCAGCAGCGGCUGCAUUGGCUGAUGAAGCCAGGUGUCUGGAUCUUGCAGAUCGCUAUAUUAAUAGUGAAUGCGUGAAGCGUAUGUUGCAGGCUGAUCAGGUGACAUUGGCUGAAAAGACAGCAGUCUUGUUCACAAAAGAUGGGGAUCAGCACAAUAAUCUUUAUGAUAUGCAGUGCAUGUGGUAUGAGCUAGCAUCUGGGGAAAGUUAUCUGCGCCAAGGGGACCUGGGGCGAGCUUUGAAGAAAUUCCUAGCAGUGGAAAAGCAUUACUCAGAUAUCACUGAGGACCAAUUUGAUUUUCAUUCCUAUUGCUUAAGGAAAAUGACUCUUAGAACUUAUGUGGAAAUGCUGAAGUUUCAAGAUCGACUCCAUUCAUACCCGUAUUUUCAUAAAGCAGCUGCUGGUGCGAUAAGAUGCUACUUGAGGCUGUAUGAUUCUCCUUUGAAAUCAGCAGCUGAAGAAGAUGAUGAAAUGUCAAAGCUGCCUGCAUCUCAGAAAAAGAAACUAAGACAAAAACAGAGGAAAGCUGAAGCCCGAGCUAAGAAAGAGGCAGAGGUGAAAAAUGAGGAAUCAAGUGCAACAGGUGUAUCUAGGUUAGGAAAACGUCAUGUGAAGGCAGUUGAUCCUGAUCCACAUGGAGAAAAAUUGUUGCAGGUUGAAGAUCCUCUGGUGGAAGCUACGAAGUACUUGAAGCUUCUUCAAAAACACUCUCCUGAUUGCUUGGAGACACAUUUGCUUUCUUUUGAAGUAAACAUGAGGAAGCAGAAAAUUCUGCUUGCUUUGCAGGCUGUAAAACAUCUAGUGAGGUUGGAUGCAGAUAGUCCUGAUUCACAUCGCUGCAUGAUAAAAUUCUUCCAUAAGGUGGGAUCCUUGGCUGCUCCAGUUACAGAUUCUGAGAAACUUGUAUGGGAUGUUUUGGAAGCAGAGCGACCUACCUUCAGUCUGUUGCAUGAGAAGUCUCUAAUUGAUGCAAACAACAUAUUCCUUGAAAAAAAUAGAGAUUCAUUGAUGCAUAGGGCUGCUGCAGCGGAGUUGCUACAUGUCCUAGAGCCAAACAAGAAAGCAGAUGCUGUCAAAUUAAUUGAAGACUUUGCAAAUGAUUCAGCGUCAAUAAAUGGAGCACAAGGAUCAUUAAGCAAAUGGAAGCUGAAGGAGUGCAUUACUGUUCACAAAUGUCUAGAUACAGCUUUGGAAGAUCAUGAAGCUGCAUUGAGAUGGAAGGAGCGUUGUGCUGACUACUUCCCAUACUCUACAUACUUUGGAGGUUCUCGCAGCUCAGCAACCAUCGGUUUAUCCCACCACCUGAUAAGACAGACUUCUGAAAAUGGGGUAGCCAGCCUAAGUACUGAUCAAGAUAAUGCAGCUUCCGUUUCAUCAAAUGGGAGAUUACAGAAACUGGAAGGAUUCAAAGAUCUUGUCAUCUAAUUAUACCCCACUCAAACUGAGCUAACACUUGUCAGGAAGAAUACUAGGCUGAAGAAAAGACUAUGGUGGUGUAGAACCUAAGAUACAUAGUACCAUAUGGAAACAGAAAAAAAAUUCAGAGGUGAGAUUUAAGACCUUCACAGUGGGGGCUUAUUAGAGAAACCAGAUGUAUUGUAGCUCCUGGACUCCAUUUUCAUAUUUGCUGCUGUUCUACGUCAGUCUGGGUGCUUUCUUUUCUGACUGUAUAUACGCUCCAGUGUGCUGUGAGUAGUCACAUUCUUUAGUUGCUGAAAUGCUGCAUUUUCAUAUUUGCUGCCGUCGUAACAUUUUUGGACGACGGAGUCCUUUAAAGUAUAGGGGUUUAUGCCCCUGCCUACCUUCAGCUUAGAACAAUCACCCAUUUUUCUUGAGCAUGUUGUAUUUUUUCCUUUUCCAUUUCGUGGGCCAUUAUUUGGUGUACUAGUAUUUUACGUGGGAAUUUUUUUCUUUCAUUAUAUAUUUGUAUGAAAAAAAAAUACAGUGAUUUAAUGAUGUCUUGUUUGUUCUUUUUCCGCUGAAACAAUAUCAGCAA